AUGGAUGCCUCUCUUACAGGAAAUGUUAAAAGUCCACAUGUUUAAUUCGACUCACUAAAUUAAAUGAGUCCCCAUUUUAAUCAGUAGGGUGGAAUAAUAGAAGCAUUAAAAAAUAAUGCAAAUUUUACAAAAAGAAAUAACGAAGAUUUAGAUGACGAUUAUUUAUCAUUUCUAUCAUCAAAUGGAAGAAUUAAUUUCUAAAGUUAAAUAAGUGAGUUAAAAAGUGAUAUAAAUAUCCCUCAAACGCAAGGAUUUUUUUCAAAAACUAGAUAAAAACAAUAACCAUCAAUAUGCGAAGAAUAGGAAUUUGAAUCUACCAAAAAAGUAUCGAAAUAAAAUACUCUUCCAGCAAACACGAAAUUAAAUGAAUAAAAUGAUAAUAAAGAAAAAAUUAAAAAUAAUAAGCAAUAGAGAAGAUCCUUAUUUGUACCUAAUAGCUCUGAUAUAGAUAUAGAAGAUCACAACUAAGUUGUUCUUAGAUCAACAAUACGAAAGCUGACAUAGAGAGGUGUUGUAUUGAAAGAUCAAAAAGAAUAAAAUACAAUAAACGAAAUAAAAGAUAAAGAAGAGUCUCCUAAGAAUGAUGAUAAUUUCUUGUUUGCUACUAACUUGAAAGAUUUAAUCAAAUUAGAAAAUGGUAUCCUUGAGCACGAAGCAUUCUAGAUAAUGAAGCCAAGUAUAAUCAAUCCCUUAUUUGUAGAUAAGACUUCCUUUCGAUAAACAAAAAAUAGAACCAAAGAAAUUAUACAAGAAAACUUAGAUGAAGAUUCCUAAUAAGUCAAAGAACAGCCAGAGGAGUCAUAAAAGCCACCAGAAUAACUGCAUUGGAAGGAUAAUCUCAAAAUUUUUCUUAAAUCUAAGAGGUAUAACACCUUUUUUAUAGCUCUAUCAUUACUAAAUUUGCUAGCGUUUAUGGUUGAUGAUUAUAGCAGUAGAAGACCAACAGGAGCCACUGAGAACAGUAACUUGAGAAGUACUUUUGCUGAAACUAUUUAAUUUUCGUGCUCUUUUAUAUUUGUGAGUGAUAUAAUCCUUCAGAUAAUAUACAGAGGAUUUUGGAAAUAAAAAAAUGCUUUUUUUAAAAAUCCAUGGCAUCUUUUUAAUUUUUUUAGUGUUUUAUCUAGCGUUAUAGUAGGUUUUACUGGAUCUCUAAAUGCUUUUUCUAUUAUUUUAAGAGUUUUAGGAAUGCUUAGGCCUCUUAAGCUUAUAUAUCAUAUAAAACCAUACAAAAAAUAAUUAGAGAGAUUUAUUAGAUCUGUGUCUUUACUUGGAGAAAGCAUAAUUAGACUCUUUAUCUUUAUGGUUUUUUUUACAAUUUUAGGUCUAAAUAUAUUCAAAGGAUCACUUGAAUACAGGUGUAGAGAAACACCUAACCCUCCUGAAAAUUCUGAAAUUUGGUAAGUCGCAGAAGAUGUCCCAUUUCUGUGUGGUUACUGGGCAUGUCCAGGUGAUACAUACUGUCGCUCCCCGUAUGAUUAUGAUUUAAGUUAUAACAAAGAAGAAAUUGACAUCCCAGAGAUGGCAUAUGGAUUUAUAAGUUUUGACAAUUUUUUCAAGGCGCUUCUCACAAUAAUUCAUAUAACUUUUAUUAUGAAUUGGAGUAGAAUUACAUUCACUUAUUGGAGAUAUGUAAAUACUUUGUUUGUUAGCGCUUACUUUACUUCCGCAUGUAUAUUCCUGUUUCAUAUUUUAAUUAAUAUGAUUCUAGCUAUAUUUUAUGAUAGUUUCUAGUUAUAGAAAGGCAUCAAAAAUUUUAGAGAAUACAAGCUGAUUAUCGCAUAAAAGCAAGAAUAAAAAAAUAGAGUUAAAUUAAGAAAUCUUGAAAAUGAAAUGUCUAAAAUUAUGCUAGAAAAAGAAAAUGAAAAGAAGAAAAUUUUAGAAUAAAAAUAAUAAGAAAAAAAUAAUGCAAGCUAGGUUAAAAAAAAGGUUUUACUUAUUGCAUCAAUAGCAAGUAAAUUUAAGAAAAUUGGAUCAAGUUAAAAAAACGAGAUUUCAGAUGCUUAGCAGCCAAAUUCAAACUUAUAAAUAUCAGUUAAUAAUGAGCUUAAUAAUGCAGGAGAAUAAUAAAAUUAAAUUUCAAGUGAAGAGUUUGAAGAUCCUCCAUUAUUAGUGAAAAUUUACAUGUCUUUCGCCUACCAGUUUAUAUCAUAAUUUUAUAUUUUAAUUUCAAUAAUUGUGAUUACUCUAGAUAGGUAUCCAAUUUCUCAAGCAGAGAGUGAUGUUUAUCUUAUAAUUUAGCUUUGUCUAAAUUUACUUUUUAUCAUGGAAAUUACUUUUAAAGUAUUAUUACUAUAAAGGGAUUAUUUCAAAAGCUGGUUAAAUGUUUUAGAUUCCAUAAUAGUCAUGGUUAUUACUUCAAUCAACAUUUACUAUUUAGUUAGAUUAUGUGAAGGUCUUGAAAAUCCUUUAGAGUCUGAAAGCCUAAGAGGAUUACAAACGGCUAAAAGUAUUGAAAUUUUGAGAAUUUUUUAGCUUAUAAACUAUAAUCCAUAUCUAAAAACUGUUUAAUAUCUGAUAGAGAUUUUUGUAUAAUCAAUUAUAAAGCUAAGCUAUUACUUUUUAAUUAUUAUUGCAUACUGUGUGCUUUUUGCUUUGAUUGGUAAUUAUUUGUUUGCAUUUUAUGCAUACUUUGAUGCAAAUGAAGAGAUAGCUCAUGACAAAUCAGAAGGAAAAUCCCCAAGAAUUAAUUAUGAUUCCUUUUUAGAUAGCUUUGAAGCUAUAAUGCUCAUUAUUUUAAAUGAUGAAUGGGCUGAUUAAAUGUACUAUUAUAUGAGGUCAUUAGGUUAGUAUGUAGCAAUUUUUUGGGUUAUUGUAGUUUUCACAGGAACUAUGUUAGUCAUGAAUCUACUGAGAGCUCUUUUUAUUAAAACUUACUUAAAAUACCUUUACAAUUCUAAUAUAGGUAUCCAUGAAUCUGUUGAUAAAUUAUAAAAUGCAAUUAAAAAAUUUCACAAGUUUGGUGAAGUUUAAACUCCAUUACCUUAAAAUGAUCAUCCUGGAAUACAGAAUAAAUUCAUUUUAAGGCUUUCUAAUUACAAGCUUAAUAUAUUUUAGAAUAAGCGUUAUGUUUUGCUGAUGUAGUAUUGUUCCAGAAUUGAAAAUUCUCCAUACUUUAUUAACUUUUUGAUAUUUUUAACAGUUGCAAAUACUGCUUUGUUAGCUGCACAAAGUCGCUUAGAUGAUCCAAAUUCAACAAAAAUUAAGACUCUUAGAGCUUUGGAGAUGAUUACUAUGGUUAUUUAUUUCUUUGAAGCUUUGAUUAAAAUAAUAGCUAGAGGAUUCUUGUUAAAUGGACCUAAUAGCUAUAUGAGAUAAUUUAAGAAUAUUUAUGAUCUCUUUUUGCUUAUAACUUAAAUUAUAAGCUUGCUUGUUUACCCAGACUAUGUAAUUUUUAGAACAUUGAGAACUCUCAAUUUGUUCCAUCUUUCAAAAUAUUUUGUCGGUGUGAGAGUUAUGCUAGUUUCUUUGUCAUAAUCUGUUCCUACAAUCCUGAGACUUUUAUUAUUUACUUUCUGUAUAUUAAUCGUUUUUGCUAUAAUACCUAUGAAGUAGCUCAAAGGUAAAAUGUAUUACUGUGCAUCAUUAGAAAGAGAAAAACUUGAAAGCAUUCACUCUAAGCAAGAUUGUCUAGAUGAAGGAGGAGAUUGGCUCAAUAAUUUAUAAAAUUGGGAUAAUGUUCUUUUUAGUUUAUUUAAUCUCUUUAUUAUGGCAUCAUGUGAGGGGUGGAGUAUACUUAUGGGCCAAGCUAAUGAUGCAAGAGGAGUUGAUUUAAAUCCUCAAUAAAAUCAGGAAAAAGAGUGGUCAGUCUAUUUUAUCAUUUAUUUCAUUCUCGGUAAUAUUAUGCUCUUCAAUGCAUUCACAGGAGUUAUGAUUGAGAAAUAUAUUGAAAUAAAAAAGAAGUUUGCUCUUUAGUAAGAAAUUGUUCAUGUAAAAGAUGCAACUAAACUUGAAAGACAAUCUACAAAAAUUAGAUUUGAUUUACAUUAGCAUAUUGAUGCAGGAGAUGAAGUUGUUGAAUGGAUGGAAAUCAAAAAAAGCAUUUACGACACUCGAGCUCCAAAAGUGUACUCUAAACCCACUAAAGAACAAGACUACCUUCGUCAUUAUCUCUAUAUUUUAAUAAAUCACAAACAUUAUAAAAUGUGUAUGGAUACAUGUAUUAUACUAAGCACUAUUUGCUUUGCACUUAACUACUGGAGGGCACCUGAUUUAUAUGAAUAAAUUUUACUUAAUUUAAAUUAGCUGUUUCUGAUCAUUUAUAUCAUUGAAAUUGGUCUCAAGAUUUACACUGAAAAAUUCUUAUUUUUUGCUAGCAGAUUUUAAAUAUUUGAAUUAAUUAUGGUAAGUUUGUCUUUAGUUUACUUGAUUAUGUAAGGAACUUUAGAUAUGAAAGAUUUUAAAAUUCAUCACAGAGAAAUAGUCCUUUGUAUGGAAUUCAUAUCUGUAUUCAGAGUUUUAAGAUUAGCAAAAACCAUCACAAUUGUAAAAAAGACUCUGAAUAUUUUAUUCUACAUCCUCCCAGAAAUAGCACCUGUAGCUGGAUUACUUCUCUAUUUAAUAUAUAUGUAUGCUUUAAUUGGUAUGCAAAUAUUCCCAUUCAUUAAAGUUUAGAAUACCUUAAAUGGUUAUGAUUAGCAUUUCAAGACAUUCAACACCGCAGUUUUUACUUUGAUCAGAGUAGCAUCAGGAGAAUAGUGGUUUUAUGUUGUUAAUGAUGCUGUUAGAUAGCAAUAGCCUAAUUUUGUUUGCUAGACCAUAUCUAAUUAUGAUGACUAUAUAAAUAAUGGAUUAAAUGGAUGCGGAACAUAUUGGGGUUAUAUCUAUUUUUUUAGUUUCCAUCUAUUUGUAAGUGUGAUCAUCUUGAACUUAUUUAUUGCAGUGCUAUUGGAAUUAAUUAUUGGUUAAAAUACAGCUAUGAGCAAGUAUCAAUUAAGUAAAAUUAAAGAAUUAUGGUCUGAAUAUGAUAAAUAAGGUUAUGGAUUCAUUAAUUAUGAAGAUUUUUGGGAGUUUAGCUUUAGAAUCGCAAUGCUUUAUGGAGUUGAUGAAGCUGAUAUUUCCAAUCCUGUUUAAAAGAAAAACUUCCUUAAAUUUUUGUAGCUUCCUCUGUAUACGCAUACAAAUAAAGAAGGAAAAAGUUAUUUUGGAUUUAGAUUCCACGAUGUUGUUAUUUAAAUGACAUAAGUUUCUCUCUUUUUAAGAUUUGGAAUUUUACCAGGUGGACCAUAGGAAGACCCUAAAAGAAUCGAAUAAUUCUAUUAAGAGUUAGAUCAAAAAAAUAAAUUUGUUGCCCAUAAAAGUCACUUAAAGAGUGGUGAUAUUGCUGUAAUUGUUAUAAUUUAAAGAAGAAUAAAAAAUUGGAUGGAAAGAGGAAAGCAUCUUUAUAAAAUAAAGAAAGAAAAUCCUGCUCAAUAUGCUGAAAAACUUAAUGAAUACCACUAGUCUUAUAGGAGUUUGAAUAUUAAUAGUAUUAUAAAAAUAAGCUAAAAAGACUAGGAGGAAGAUGCUUAAUCUAUCAUAAAACCUCAUGGAAAAAAAUAGAUAUUCAGUAAUUUUAGUAACAUUGCCACAGCAAGAUAAACAGGUGAAAAAUCGAGUGAAGGAGAAAGUAGUUAACAAGAUAGUGAUAAGCAAAAUGAAUCUGAAGGAUCAUCUCACUUCUCUGAAAAGUAAAUUUAAGAAACUCCUAAUUUAAUGAGUGGUUUAUUCGAAAGCAUUUAAUAACAUGAUUUUAACAAAAUUUACUCAAAUAAAUUUGAGAGCAUAAGUCUAAAAUAAAAAAAUAUAGAAUCUUCUUACAAAAAUUUCGCAAAUGUUUAAAAUGUGAAGGAUUCAAAUAUAAAUAUAAUUAAUUAUUAUAAUAUUACAAAUAACUACUAUAAUUCUAAUUUCAAUCUCUAAAAGUCAUCUUAAAGUAGCUAAGGCUAGUUAGAUUCAUUAUCUUCCAGACCAAUUAAAUAAACAGAAUAAAUAGAUAUUCCAAGUGAAAAAAUAAAAAAACUUUGA